AUGUUGAUUGUGAGUCAAGGAAAGCAAUCGGGUGGUGGAUUUUCGGCGGAGAGUAAUCGGCUAGGAGUGAGCCGACUCGAGCUCUACCUUGGACCCGAUACACAUCAGACGAUCAAAGUCUCGUGGGUGUUUGAAAGCGAAGUGAGCGCUUUGGAUUGGAUCGGUCUCUAUGAUCGGGAUGACGCUGACCCACUCGCCUAUCGUGACUACAAGAGUCAUGGGGUCGUCGGGGUACAACGGGGCGAGAUCAAAUGGCCUGUAGCUGGCGCUCUUUUUGCUGGCUCUCCCACAACGCACAUUUGCUUCAGAUAUUUUGAUGGGAUCACUGGUGCAUUGCGAGCUGUUUCGCCGUCGAUUUUCAUCUCAUCCGUUCCAAGGCUACAAUUGAGGGCAAUAAGCGCGAGUGGAGUCGGUCGAUCGGCGGUGCAAGCGCGUGUUGAGUGCGGUGAAACGAAAGCCGUCACAGCCACGUCAAAUAGUGCAAAUUGGGAAAAUUUGGAUUUACAACUUUCGACUAGCCUCUCAUCACUGAUCACCAUUGCAAUUAUCGGGAAAAAUCAGAGCCGAUUGUUGGAGGGUUCGAUUCCCGUUACAGAUAUCGUUAAAUCAAAUUCACAAGAUAUCGUUCUACCACUUCGAAUAAACGAGUCGCCAAAGAAAUCAAAGGCAACGUUAACAGUCACUUUCAAUAUUUUACCGGAAAUGAAUCCAAAAAAUCCAAAAAAUCUACAAAAAAACGAGAGAAAAAUGAACGACGGUUUGGGAAGCGAUUUGGGCUUUGGGAAAGGAGUGGUCGCAAGUCAUAGUGGUGGGAGUAUGUCUACGGAUAGUGGAAAGGGCAGCGCCGAUCCGAGCACCUCGUCAAACACCUCACUCCCAACACCUCCCGAGCUUCCGCCUGGCUGGGAGGCCCGAGUUGAUCGCUACGGUCGAGUCUUUUACAUCGAUCACACAACGAAGCAAACCACCUGGCGCAAACCUGAAACGAAUUUCCUCCACUCAUCCGAAGAUUUAGAGGCAAAGGGGAAAAAAUAUCAUUUUGUUCGACGCACGAUCGCGAACCCGUUGCCCGAUUCUGAGAUCUCUGUAGCACUCAAAUUUCUUCGACGAUCCGAUUUUGUGAACAUUCUUCACUCAAAAGAGGAAGCUUUACGAAUGUACAACGAAUCGCAACUUUUGAAGCACAUGGUGCAUCGGUUGAGACGAAGCGAGGAUCGAGUCGAGAAAUUCGAGCAUAAUCGUGAAUUCGUGACAUUUCUCAAUUUGUUCGCUGAUUCGACUCAACCAUUGCCGCCGAACUGGCAAGCGAGCGGCACAAAUCCGACAAUUUUCAUCGAUCAUGUGUCCAGGAAAACAACUCUCCUUGAUCCGAGAUUACCUAUAGCCACUGAAAUGAAGCGACGAACCCGAAGCGCUCCACCACAACGGAGAAACAUUGAUAGAGACAGCAACGGAAAUUUACUCGAGAUCAUGACUCGAACUGAAGAAAUCGCGGCCGCUGUCGAGAAACGAAUGCCCCAACUUGCAAGCAAAGUUAAAAGAAAAUUGCGUUUGAUUGAGCGAAUGGGCGCAUCGGCGUUGGAUCGCUUAGCGAACGAUGUCGAUCUGAUACUGGCGAUUAGUAUGCUUGACUCAGACGAAAACGCCAAUACGACAGAAUUCGAAGAAAAGAUUUCCCAUUUCUACAAUUCUUUACAACGAAAUGGUUAUGGAAGUGGGCCACAAAAGAUCAAACUCCGAUUUUCAAGAACAAAUCUUUUACAUGAUGCUUUUGAUCAAAUCUUGAAUACGGAUCCGAAUUUGUUGCGAAGAGCCCGUUUGUCGAUUCAAUUUGAUGAUGAAGACGGAUUAGACUACGGUGGGCCAUCACGAGAGCUUUUCUUUUUGUUGUCACGCGAGAUUUUCAACCCAUACUAUGGCCUUUUCGAGUACUCAGCUGAAAGAGAGUACACCGUUCAAAUCAAUCCAAUGUCAACAUUUGUCGAUCAGCAUUUGAAAUGGAUGGAGCUAGCUGGGAGAGUGCUUGGCUUAGCUCUUGUACAUCGCUGUUUAAUCGAUACAUUCUUCACGAACACUUUUUACAAGCAACUUCUUGAACAAUCUAUCGAAUUGAAUGAUUUGGAAAGUUUGGAUGCAGAUUUUCAUCAAAAUUUGUGUUGGUUAAAAGAAAAUUCGGUGAAUGACGAUCUCGAGUUGAGUUUUUUGGCGAUGCAUGACGUGGGUGGAGAGAUAAUUGAAAAAGAGCUUUUACCAAACGGAAGAGAUCUGAAAGUGAGUGAUUCGAAUAAAGAAGAGUUCAUCAAUUUGAUGACAAAAUGGAGAGUUGAACGGGGAUGCGAGGCACAAAUUCGGGCACUUCUUUUCGGUUUGCAUCAGAUAGUCGAUCGAGAAUUUUUACGAGUUUUCACAGCCGGCGAGCUGAAAACGGUACUCUCCGGUAUAAUCGACAUCGAUUUAGAUGAUUGGCGUCAAAACACAGAAUAUCGGAGCGGUUACUAUGAUGGGCAUAUUGUUGUGCAAUGGUUUUGGGAUGCGGUCGAGGCGAUGAGCAACGCGGAUCGACUCAAACUCUUGCAAUUUGUCACGGGAACGUCAUCGAUUCCUUUUGAAGGCUUUCGUGGACUACGAGGCUCAAGUGGACCUAAAAAGUUCACAAUUGAGAGAUGGGGUGAAGAGGGAUCAUUGCCACGAGCGCACACGUGUUUCAAUCGUCUCGAUCUCCCAUGUUAUCGUACGCGCCAUUCACUCGCCUCAAAGCUCUCCAUAGCCAUUCAUGAGGGUAUCAACUAUGCAAUCGAG